CGCGCGAGCCAUGGCGGCCAUGGCGGCGCUGCCCCCGGGGCCGCUGUCGCCGCCUGGCGGGGGCGCGGCGGACGCGGCGGGCCCUGAGGGCGCCGAGGGCCUGUUCGUGCUGCUGGGCGCGGGGCUCGCCGCCGCCAGCCACCCCCUGCUCUACGUCAAGCUGCUCGUGCAGGUUGGCCAUGAGCCACUACCUCCAACCAUUGGCAGAAAUGUGCUGGGAAGGAAGGUCCUGUACCUGCCUGGCUUCUUCACCUACGCCAGACACAUCGUGGAAGUGGAUGGGAAGAGAGGCCUCUUCCGUGGCCUGACCCCUCGCCUCAUCUCAAGCACUUUAUCAACCAUCACCAGGGGGAGUGUGAAGAAGGCUUUUCCACUGGAAGACAUGGAGCACGUGUCUAACAAGGAUGAUGUGAAAACUUCACUUAGGAAAGUGGUCAGAGAGACAUCCCACGAGAUGAUGAUGCAGUGUGUGUCCCGGGUUGUGUCACACCCCCUGCACGUGAUCUCCAUGCGCUGCAUGGUCCAGUUCGUGGGCCGGGAAGUCAAAUACAGCGGUGUGUUCAGUGCUAUUGGCAGGAUACUUAAGGAAGAAGGGAUCCUGGGAUUCUUUGUUGGGUUAGUCCCUCACAUCCUGGGGGAUGUCAUCUUCCUCUGGUGCUGCAACCUCCUGGCUCACUUCAUCAACACCUACGCUGUGGAUGACAAUUUCAGCCAGGCCUCGGUGAUCCGGAGCUACACCAAGUUCGUGAUGGGGAUCGCUGUGAGCAUGCUGACCUACCCGUUCCUUCUCGUGGGAGAUCUCAUGGCAGUGAACAACUGUGGGUUGCGCGCCGGCCUCCCUCCCUACGCUCCUGCCUUUGCAUCCUGGAUCCACUGCUGGAGGUACCUCAGUGCUCAGGGGCAGCUGUUCCGUGGCUCCAGCCUCCUGUUCCGCAGGGCACCCAUCCCAGCCUCCUUCCCCGUGGACUGACGCCUCGGCAGGGACAGCUCAUCAACCUGGACUCCUCAAGAAACCCCAAGCUUGUUUCGAUAUCUGUAUAUUUCUAUUUUCUGAUCCAAAGUCCAUGGUGCCAGAACUGACACCUCCUCUCCAGCAAGGCCAGGAACAGACUUCUGGACGUCUGGCUCAGGCUCCAGCUGCACCAAAGCUCCAUCCUCGUGGCUGUCUCGACUGGGAUGUAUAGCAGAGAGAGCAGAAAGCCGUUUUCUCUUUGGUCCAGGCUGUAGCUCUGGAGUUGCUGGGGAAGUCCAGGAAUCCAGAAAAUGCCCAGGUACUAAAGGAGCCAGCCGUGAGCUGCAGGGACAAAAGACUGCUUUGUUCUGCCUGAGCUGAUAAGCAGCAGGAGAUCCAAGGUCACCUCCCUGGGAAGGUUAUGCCAGGUGACAGCUCCUGCCUCAUCCUUUCUGGAGAGAGCACCUUGGCCUGGCAGGUAGCUCAUCCUGGGCAAGAUCAACCUGGCAUCCAUAUUUAAGGUUUGAGGGUACCUGAUCACCCAGGAACAUCCCACCUCCCACGGGCAUGAAAAGGAAAUUAUAGGAUCAAAAUAGGGAAGGGAAACAGAGUCCCACUGCAAAGAACAGAAGAGUCCCAAAGAGACAGGUCCAGCCCAGCUCAGGGCAGUGAUGGGAUGUGAACAAGUAGAGAGCCCUUGGGAAGGGACAUGUGCUGCCAGUGGUGCUGAUUUGGGCAGGAUUUCACUCAUGGAAUGGGCUGUGUUCAGGGUACAGCCAGCAGAGCUCUGGGCUGGGCAG